CUGCUCUCUGACACGUCGCCGUCUUCUCGCGGUGAGGGCUGGAAGGUGUCAGGUGUGACGCUGAGGUAGAUGGAAGAGGACAUUUAUAAUUCCGGACCACCUGUCUCUUCUCUCCGCUCUGAGGACAAACUGGCACAGGGAGGAGAAAAGCGGCGGAGAGCCGCGCGUAAUUCCUCCGUGCGUCUUUGCCGCACCAUGCCGCACCUCCUCCUCCUCUGACCUCCUCCGUCUCUCUCCUUCUUGGAUGAACUUUCUCGCCGCCUGCGGGGACUCGGCCGCUCGCACUGAGAUCAUGAAGACGACGCGGAAAUGUCGCGCGCUGCUGUCCGUGGGUCUGAACCUCGUGGCCCUGUUCUUCUCCACCACCGCCUUCAUCACCACGUACUGGUGCGAGGGCACCCAGCGCGUCCCCAAGCCCAACUGCAGCAAGCAGCGGCGCCACAACUGCAUCGACUACGGCGUGAACGAGACGGACCAGAACAAGGUGCACUACAGCUGGGAGACCGGGGACGACCGCUUCCUCUUCCGCCGCUUCCACACCGGCAUCUGGUACUCCUGCGAGGAGAACAUCCACGAGGCAGGUGAGAAGUGUCGGAGUUUCAUUGAUCUGGCCCCGGCGUCGGAGAGAGGUGUGUUGUGGUUGUCGGUGGUGUCCGAGGUGCUCUACAUCCUGCUGCUGGUGGUCGGCUUCAGUCUGAUGUGUUUGGAGCUUUUCCACUCCAGCAACGUCAUCGAUGGACUCAAACUCAAUGCCUUUGCCGCCGUCUUCACCGUGCUGUCCGGUCUUCUGGGCAUGGUGGCCCACAUGAUGUACACUCAGGUGUUCCAGAUCACAGUCAGUCUGGGUCCUGAAGACUGGAGACCUCACAGCUGGGAUUAUGGCUGGUCCUUCUGCAUGGCCUGGGGUUCCUUCACCUGCUGCAUGGCCGCCUCUGUCACCACCCUCAACUCCUACACCAAGACGGUGAUCGAGUUCAGACACAAAAGGAAGCUGUUCGAGCAGGGCCUGCGCGAGGAGCAGAACUACCUGGACCAGGAGGCUUUCCACUACUUCCGGGACCGCUCCCUCCAGUCCAUCUCCAGCACCGUGGAGGUCUACCCCGGCCACAGCGGAGCCAGAGCUGGGCUUGUUGUUGGGGGUCCGGGUCCAGGUCCGGGACCAGGCCCGGGUCCCGGUCCCGGUCCAGGACGGGGGAAGAUGAGAGCUGCAUCGGCCUCCAUGGACCUGGGGGAGAACACAGACUCUCUUGGGGAGGAGCAGUGCUGAGUCACCCACAGGAAUGGGAGGGUCUUGUGGGAUGAGGUGUGAUGAGAUGAUGAGGGGGGACUGCUCCUGUAGGUCUGGACCCGGCCAAUGAUUUUCCCGCCAAAAUCGAAAGCACAGCAGCCCUUCUUUUCUGUUUGAAGAAGACGAUCCACAGACCUGAAGAGGAGAGACGGAUGUCUCCUGUAAAUGAGAUGAAAAUGAAUAUAAAGUGUGAAAAACAGACCGAGAUCAUUCACUCUGAGAUCUGUGACUUCGCGGAGGGAAAUCAGGUUCUCAGCAUAUUUCAUGGUGCUAUGUGUAGUAUUUUAAAGUCCACUGAUAAUUAUUAUAAUUAAUAGUUAUGCAGAGAAGGAGAGCGGUCUGCCUCGGGACAGGAAGUUCCUGCGUUCAUGCGUUUUUUGUGGCGUUAAGUCUGGGAAACAGAAAAUACUACACACAGCACUUUUAAACAUGUUCGGGCCAUGUCCUGUUUA